UUGUAAGGAUCAUGUCUGCGAGUCAGGAUUCUCGAUCCAGGGACAAUGGCCCUGAGGGGAUGGAGCCCGAAGGCGUCAUUGAGAGUCACUGGAAUGAGAUUGUGGAUAGUUUUGAUGACAUGAAUCUCUCAGAAUCCCUCCUCCGUGGUAUUUAUGCCUAUGGUUUUGAGAAACCCUCUGCCAUCCAGCAGCGAGCCAUUCUUCCUUGUAUCAAGGGUUAUGAUGUGAUUGCUCAAGCCCAGUCUGGGACUGGGAAAACAGCUACAUUUGCCAUAUCAAUUUUGCAACAGAUUGAGUUAGAUCUAAAGGUCACUCAGGCUUUGGUUCUGGCACCCACUCGUGAGCUGGCUCAGCAGAUACAAAAAGUGGUCAUGGCAUUAGGAGACUACAUGGGUGCCUCUUGUCAUGCCUGUAUUGGGGGCACCAGUGUGAGUGCUGAGGUGCAGAAACUGCAGAUGGAGGCCCCCCAUAUCAUUGUGGACACUCCUGGCCGAGUGUUUGAUAUGCUUAACCGGAGAUAUUUGUCGCCAAAAUAUAUCAAGAUGUUUGUACUGGAUGAAGCAGAUGAAAUGUUAAGUCGUGUGUUCAAGGACCAGAUCUAUGAUAUAUUCCAGAAGCUCAACAGUAACACACAGGUAGUUUUGUUGUCUGCUACAAUGCUCUCUGAUGUCCUUGAGGUGACCAAGAAGUUCAUGAGAGACCCCAUUCAGAUUCUUGUCAAGAAGGAGGAGUUGACCCUGGAGGGUAUCUGCCAAUUCUACAUCAAUGUGGAACGAGAGGAGUGGAAGCUUGACACAUUGUGUGACUUGUAUGAAACCCUGACUAUCACCCAGGCAGUAAUCUUUAUCAAUACCAGAAGGAAGGUGGAUUGGCUCACUGAGAAGAUGCAUGCCCAGGAUUUCACCGUUUCUUCCAUGCAUGGCGAUAUGGACCAAAAGGAACGAGAUGUGAUCAUGAGGGAGUUCCGGUCUGGUUCUAGCAGAGUAUUAAUUACCACUGACCUGUUGGCCAGAGGCAUUGAUGUGCAGCAUGUCUCCCUAGUCAUCAAUUACGACCUUCCCACAAACAGGGAACACUACAUCCACAGAAUUGGCCGUGGCAGUCGCUUUGGCCCCAAUGGUGUGGCCAUUAACAUGGUGACGGAAGAAGACAAGAGGACUCUGCGAGACAUUGAGACAUUCUACAACACUUCCAUUGAAGAGAUGCCCCUCAAUGUUGCUGACCUCAUUUGAGGGGCUGUCCUGCUACCUGGCCAUAGCCA